AUGAUGUUCAUGAAUAAGGACUCCGACCCGAUCUUAUGCCGCACUUUCCCAACUUUCCUAGAUGGAGUUGCCCUGAUUUGGUUUUCCAACCUCUCUGAAGGAUCCAUUUCUAACUUCGACGAACUAGCAGACCAGUUCGUCAACCACUUCGCCGCAUCCAAAAUAUACGUCCAUAACUCUGAUUACCUAAGUACCAUCAAACAGGGACCGAACGAAAGCCUAAAAGACUACAUGACCAGGUUUGCCGAAGUAACCAACGAAAUACCUAAUCUAAACCCCGAAGUCCAUCUCCAUGCCAUGAAGAGCGGCCUCCGACCAGGGAAAUUCCAAGAAUCCAUAGUCAUUGCAAAACCGAAAACCCUGGCCAAGUUCCGCAAAAAAGCAACUACCCAGAUCCAGGUGGAAGAAUUUCGGGCAUUACGAAGAGCAGAUAAACCUACCCUAAGCAGAGAUGAGGAAAGGCAAAACAGACAAUCAAACAACAGAAUGGAUACGAGAACGGCCGGUACAUAUCAAGACCAUCGCCAUGUGGACAGAUCAAAGUAUUGUGCCUUCUACCAGAAGUACGGCCACACCACCGACCACUGCGUAAUAGCCAAGGACGUCCUCGAAAAGCUCGCCCGCCAAGGACUACUGGACAAAUAUAUUGACAGCCAAGGAAGGAAGCGAAGCACAGAUGAUCUCGGCCAACAAUCCAAACCGACCGACAACUCCCGAGAUAAAGGGAAAAAGGUAGAUAACGAUAUCAAUCCACCGCGCAGAAUAAUAAACUGCAUUUCUGGUGGUUUUGCAGGUGGCGGAUGUACAAAUUCGACACGAAAAAGGUCGUACCGAGCUAUGAUGACGAUGACAGAAUCCACCACAUCCCAACCGGUCGAUAAGGACAGAUUGGAAAUCUCAUUCAUCCCCAAAGACUAUAAAGCAAAUGAUCGAAACUAG